AUGCCCAAGCAAAUCGAAAUACAUUUCUUCUACUGCACGCUCGCCGUCGCAUUCCUCGCGCGUCUCGCCAUCGCGGCACCCAGUGUCAGCGUCAACCUCGCACCUGGCGAGUCCGCAACCACGGUCAUUGCCACUGUCACAAACACUGGCAACAAAGACGUCUCCCUGCUCAAGUGGGGUUCCAUCCUCUCCGACCUUCCCAUCAAGCAGUUCGACCUGCACGAUGUCGAAAGCGGCGAUGCGACCACCUUUGGCGGCAUGAUUGGCGUGUUCUACGACAUGUCUCUCGCCGACGAGGCUGCAUGGCAGUUCCUCCCCGCAGGCGCCUCCGCAUCCAGCGAAAUUGAUUUCGCCGGGACUCACUUCCUCGACACCCCGGGCGACUAUCUCGCCAUCACUGACAACGUCUUUGAGUACGUCGAAGGCCGGUGGGCUGGUCAGACUCCCUCGGGCGUCCUGCCUUACACCGCGAACGCGACGAUCACGAUCUCCGACGAGGGCGUGGCCGCCUCGAAGGCGAAGUUCGCCGCGAAGGAGCUCGGGAAGCGCGUGAAGGUCGAAGGGUGCCCGGACGCUGGUAGGAAGCAGACCCUCAUCAAUGCGUACGGACGUGCGCACUCCCUCGCGACGAACGCCGCGAAUGUCGCGAAGACCGGCACGGGUACCAUCUUCAACAAGUGGUUCAAGUCCAACUCUCAGGCCGACCGCAACACCGUCGGCGCCAUGUUCGAUAACAUCGGCGUCACCACCAACGUCGGCGAGCCCGCCAAGUUUUCCACCAACUGCCAGGGCAGCUGCAGCGCUGGCGUCGUCGCCUACGCCGCAAUCGCCAUGAGCAACGGCCAGAUCGUCGGUGGCACCGUCUACAUGUGCGACCCCUUCUGGACCUUCCCGCUCAACACGCCCGAGUGCCCGGGCGGCAACGGCCAGGCGGACGUGCUCGUGCACGAGGUCUCGCACUUGUACGGCACGCUCGACACGGUGUACGGCGUCGACGGCUCGCUUGCACUUAACCACGACCAGGCCAUGCACAAUGCCGACAAUUACCGGUACUACGCACGCAACAUUGUUUGCUAAGUUAUGGGUAUAUUUAAGGGUUGAUGGGGUCCGAUGUAUUGGGAAAAUGAGUAGGAUGAAUGUCAUCUGUGUGGAACAAGAACUUCUUUGCUCGCGCU